GUCGAAUUGUGCGAGGUGUCGCUGCGAGGAUGAAUUCAGAAGUAGUGUAAAUAAGUGUGUAUGUGUGGGUUUAAAGCAAAACGUCAGAAAGCAUCGGAAUGAAUGAAGAAAAAACAGUCAGUGAACUUACAUCACCGAAUCGAUUGAAAGGGGAACCGCUGGAAAAGUUAGCUAGCGGUGUUGAUUAGUGUAAUUUGUGACAGACUUUUCAUUUAGGAAUUGUUUCGAGGUACCAGUGAAUUAGCAGUGAUUUCGAGGCGGAGGAAAUAGUUAAAAGCAACUGAGAGUACGCUCUUGUACCAAUUUAGGACGGUGCCAACGUGGGUUCAUUGCAGAGUUUACGAUGUAAAUAAAAGAAAUCGUGCUUGCAGAAGUGUUGGUGAAGCCGAACGAAGUUCAACAGAUAACGAAACGCUGACGCAAAUCGAGCCCAAGCGGUAAACGGCAAGGAAUUUACAAUAUUUUCCUCUCGCUUAUGAUUUCUUGCCCAGCAGCAGCGAGAGGCAGAAGCAGAAGUAGCGACAAUUGAGCAAGCACGCCGAUACCAGCUAGCCGCCGUACCCAGCGAAGAGAAGAAGCGCGCCCACAAAACUGUGCCACUUUCACGUUGCCGCACACGUAUCAUCAUCACCCGUAAACUGUUAUCGCCGAAAACGAACGCCAGCAUUCCGUGAAUUAUGUCACUCAGUAGGAUUUGCAACCUUCAAUCAUCGCUCCGAGCAGCCGCGAAAGGAUUUCAGCUGGGUGGACAAACGGCUCGAAGUCUUGCCCCACCGUUACUCAACGUACGGCCAAUCAGUUCUACUCGAGUGAUUCGAGACAAACAAGCAGCAACAGCCGCCGUGGUGAAACCUGUCCAGAAGCAGCACGACUGGAAUCGGGCUGUGAGUGAGGCGGAAAAGAUCGUCGGAUAUCCAACGUCGUUCCUCAGCCUGCGGUGGCUGCUCAGUGAUGAAAUCGCCAAUGUGGCAUUGCACCUGCGGAAGCUGGUCGGAAGUAAUCAUCCGCUGCUGAAAACGGCCAAAAUAUUGAUCUACAAUGGCAAAAACAACAUGCAGGCAUGGGGUCUCAUCGUGCUGCUUGUUUCAAAGGCCGCAGGUCACGCGGCUUCGGUUCCGGAUCUGGAGCAGGAUAAAAGUGCCGGAGUGCUGCACUCACAGCGUGCCUUGGCUGAGGUGACGGAAAUGAUUCGUACCUCCCAUCUGGUUCACCAAGGGCUCGUUAAUCUUCAACCGUUGGCGAAUGCCGGCAACGAACUGAGCGGGGAUAGUGAGAUGAUUUUUGGGAACAAAAUUGCUCUGCUCAGCGGAGAUUAUCUGCUGGGGAAUGCCUGUUUGCAGCUAGCCGGCUUGCGGAACCAGGAGCUGAUUGAGUUGAUUUCGUCCUCGGUGCGGGAUUUGGCGGAGUCUAAUUUUGUGGGUGAUCGCGAUCAACAGAACAAUCCACUACCGUCGAAGCCGGAACCCAAAGCGGCGAGCUCCGAGCAGCCGGGUGAUGAUUUGGGAUUCGGAGACUUGGAAGAUAACACGCAACCGAUGAAUAUCAAAGAUGUGUUAGGAAAUCCGGAAAAAGAGUGGUCGUUGCGGCAUAUCCUUGGAGCUGGCAGCUUACUGGGAAAGAGUUGUCAGGGUGCAUUGAUUCUGGCUAAGCAACCAGUAAGGCUUCAGAAACAGGGUUACUUAUUUGGAAAGCAUCUAUCUCUUGCUUGGCAGGCGUGCAUCGAUUUAGAACCGUUUAGUGGUACCAACUUACCGGCAGGAACACGAUUUAGUCUUGUUUCGGCCCCCGUUCUCUUCCAUUUAGAGCACGAUCCCAGCUUGUAUGAAGAAAUUAAAAAAGGACGCGAGUCGGUCGAUAACAUCGACUACGCUAAAAUCCACGCCGAGGUUAUCAAGGGCCCGGGCUUGGAAAAGACGCGCAACCUGCAGAAAAAGCACAGUUUGGCAGCGAUGGCAGUAUUGAACGAGUUACCGCCCACCGAUGCCCGGACUGCGUUGCAGAACAUAAUAUUAGCAAUGCAAGAUUUGUGAGUGUCGGCAGUCUUCACUUCCUCCGAACGAUCGCAAGAAAUCGUUUCUUCAAUUUUCUUUGGUAGUAAGGAAAGAGAAUAGCUGAAGAAGCGUUGCUUGUGGAAAAUAGUGACUAGAAAAACCAUUCCGUCCGGUUGUAAAAGACCUCUAUAAUCCGUUAGAUCGCCGGUAGCCCUAAUCGAAAUGUCGUUCGUUCUCGUACUAGUUAUUAUGAAAUAUAUCAUUACUCAGUGAAUAUAUUAUUUAACGUUGAGCUUAGCUUGUAAGUGGUGAUAGUGUUUCUUCUGAAUAACAUUGAAAACUGUUGAUAUUUUUCAUA